AAAAUCAAAUUACCUCUCUAUAUAAGUUAACACCUACAUAUAUUUUUCAAACCCCUAUAUGCUAUAACCCUUUCUUUCUCCCUACAUUACCAUCAACAAGUUCCUCAAGAAAAGAAGAGAUCAAGCUAUCUAGAGAAAUUUUAUCAGCCAAAAACAAUAUAAUGGCCUCUAAUGGUGGUUCAAACGCCAUUGAAGCUAAUUCUUUGGCGACGAAAACGGCGUACAAAAACUUCUUUGUAAGCCAAGUGAUACUUAGGAGCGUUGCAUUCAUGUCAACAAUAGCUUCCAUUUGUGUAAUGGUGAAUAGUCGUCAAUCUACUGAGGUUUUUGGUAUUGUGUUACAAGCCAAGUAUAACUAUUCUUCAGCAUUCAGGUUCCUACUUGGUACAAAUAUAGCCAUAUGUGCGUUUUCAGUGUUUUCAUUAAUCACCACAUGUGCUUUCUAUAGGCCAAAAUCCAAUUGCAAAAGCUACUUUUCUGUUUUCCUUCAAGAUCUGAUUGCAAUGGUAUUGAUGAUGGCUGGUUGUGCUGCGGCGACUGCUAUAGGAUAUGUAGGAAAAUUUGGGCAAAACCAAACAGGGUGGACAAAGAUAUGUGAUAAUGUCAAUAAAUUCUGUAAUUAUAUAACCAUUUCUAUUGCGUUUUCAUACUUGGCUUUCUUUUGUCUCUUUGCUCUCACUAUCAUGGCUUUUAAACGAGCUCAACAAGCUAAAUGAUGCCAAAUAGCUUGGGAUUGACGAUAAUGAGAGUUUUAUUUUCCUAUUUAUUGUACUUUAGAUUUAUUAUGUGCCCUUUCAAAUUAGAUUUGUGAAUUCUUUUACUUGAAUCAUAUAGGAAACCAAGUGUAAAUUCAUUGAUUAUCGGUAUUAUUGCCUUACAAUUGAUUUACUUUUA